AUGACACGUUUCCUACCGCUUGCACUCAGCCUUGUCGCUGGGUUGCAUAUUCUUGCGGUCUCUGGCCAAGAGAGCGCUGCUUCCUGCAUUGGCCGUUGUACGAAUACUAUACGCAACAACUUUGCCGACUUGAAGUGUCCAGAUGCCAAUGCUGCAGCAUGCUUCUGCCAGAACCCAACUUUUCCUUCCGCUAUCCUGCAGUGCAGCAGUCACUGUGGCGCAACCUGGGAUAUGAUUUCGACCUAUCUUGUGGGGGAUUUCUGCAAGAACCAGCAGCUCGCAAGUCCAACUACUGGGUCACCACCUAGCACUACGUCAGCGUCACCUGCGGCCACGACUGUGGCAUCCACAAGCCCUGCACCGACGACAUCUGCGUUGCCAACUACGUCGGUAGAAGUCCCGUCUACAUCUACGAGCAGCAUCGCUAUUGCGCCGAGCACGUCUGCCAGCUCGGUCGCAUCACUUCUUCCCAGUGAAGGUGGGGCGGCCUCAGCCACCAAAUCGGCGGACCCCUCCACCGCUGGAACGGUACCGACGUCAUCUUCAUCGUCUACGAGCUCCAGUACUGCCGAAAGCGCCAGCCCGUCUGCUACGGCUGCUGAAGGCUCAGCUUCCAGCGGGCUCUCGCAAGCUGCCGUCGCUGGCAUUGGCAUUGGCGUCGGAGCAGCCGUAAUCGCUGUUAUUGGCGCAAUCAUCUGCAUGCUGCUCAAACGUCGCAAGAACAAGAAUGGGCGCAACAACGACAACAUGGAAAUCUCGAAGCCGCUGCCUGGCUCUGGUAGAACGUACUCGUCUCGACAAGACAACUACCGCGGAGGUCGAGAUGCUUCAUUCGAGAAAUACAAUGACAUUGAAAUGACCUCGAACCGAUACGAGGACAUGAUACCUCGAACCCAACCGCGAACAAUGGUUUAG